AUGAGAAAAUUCCUCGAGCUGACUCAACCUUUUGGGCUUUCUCAAGAGGUCAUGGCUCCAGGUUAUGGACUUGCUGAGAACUGCGUGUAUGUGUGCAGUGCAUAUGGAGAAAGCCGAGAAAUUUUGGUUGAUUGGGAAGAAAGGGUGUGUUGUGGCUACAUCAGCCAAGAUGAUGAUGGCGACGAGGAUGAUAUUCGUGUCAAGAUUGUGGAUCCAGAAACGUGCAACGAGCAUGAAAAUUGUGAAAAAGAAGGAGAGAUAUGGAUUAGUAGUCCGAGUGCUGGAGCUGGCUACUGGAACAAGGAGGAGCUAAGCCAGAAGACAUUCAGAAACGAAUUUAACAACGAGCCUGGCAGGAAAUACACACGGACUGGAGACUUGGGGCGGAUCAUUGAUGGAAAAUUGUUCGUUACUGGUCGGAUAAAAGACCUCAUCAUCAUUGCAGGGAGAAACGUAUAUUCUUCGGAUAUUGAGAAAACAGCUGAGAACUCAUGUGAAGUGAUACGCCCCGGAUGCUGUGCUGCAAUCGGUGUUCCAAAAGAGACACUUCUGUCAAAAGGCAUACUAGUUUCUGAAACUUCUGACCAAGUUGGUUUGAUCAUAAUUGCAGAGGCUCGGGAUGUUAAGUCCGUUUCAAGCGAAGCUGUUAGACAGAUUCAGGCUAGUGUUGCAGAGGAGCAUGGAGUUAUGGUUGCUUCAGUUCUCCUAAUAAAGCCGAGGACCAUUAGCAAGACAACAUCGGGAAAAAUCAAGAGGUUUGAAUGUCUUAAGAGGUUCACUGAUGGGACUCUAGAUAUCAUUUAUCAUGAGAAGGGGACAAUCCAAUCUGAUGAAAGAGUCUCAGAAUCUCAAGCUGUGAAAACUCGGCCUUCGAGCAUAUCUAAGAUGGACAUAGUAAGCUUCUUGAUAGAGCUGCUCUCUGAAAUGACUGGAGUUUCCAGUGCCAAGAUCUCCACCAAAGAGAGCCUCAUAUCCUAUGGAGUUGAUUCUAUAGGUGUCGUUCGAGCUGCUCAGAAACUCUCGGAUUAUCUUGGAGUGCCUGUUGGUGCAAUUGAUAUUUUUACAGCAACAUGUGUGGAAGACUUGGCAUGUUUUGCUGAAAAUCUGUUGAAGAAGCAUCGCCCUCAGACAGUCAUCGGGCUACCAAAUUCUACGAAGAAAACAUCCAAGGAAGAAGCAUCAGUAUCUUUUAAGGCUUCUUCAUCUCAGAAGCUAAGUAUUUGGUUUAUGCAGCUAAUAGCUCUCAUUUACGUUUGCUUCUUGUUGAUGCUUCCUUCAUGUUUCUCGAUCUCCAUAUACGCGUAUGCCUUAUCCAUUGUGGAGAGAGCUACAAUCUUCGGUUACUUAGCCUCCUUUGUGUUUGCCCCUCUCUGUUGGAUGCUGUGCAUGUUCUCGACUUGCAUUUGCAUAUCCUUCUUCGGCACUCCAUAUCUGCAACCAAAUUAUGCUCUCGAUUCUGAGAUGUCGAUCUGGUCCGUCCAAUUUGUCAAAUGGUGGGCGCUUUACAAGGCACAGGAGGUAUCUUCGAAAGUUUUGGCAGUUCAUUUGAGAGGCACCGUGUUCAUCAACUACUGGUUUCGGAUGCUAGGAGCAAAGGUUGCAUCCUCAGCAUUGAUUGAUACAACCGAUAUCACUGAUCCCUACCUUGUUUCGAUCGGGGAAGAAGCUGUUCUUGCAGAAGGAGCAUUGCUCCAAAGUCAUCAAGUCAAAAAUGGGAUUUUGAGUCUCUCCCCUAUCAAAAUCGGGUCUAGAGCUUCAGUCGGACCGUAUGCUCUGCUUCAGAGAGGCACCGUGCUCGGAGAUGGAGAAGAAAUCCUUGCUUUGGUUUCAAGCGAAGGAAACAGUGAAGUUGCAUCUUCCCAUGACACUGCUCUCCCAAAGGAUGAAACAGUGAAGCAAAUGAUCACCAGCAAACCUAUAAUUCACUUGGCAGGGAUCUAUGCAGUUGGUUGUAUCGGCAGCUUAUCCGCAGCCGCAUCAUAUCUGAUCUAUCUCUGGAUAUCACAAAAGCCUCCCACCAUUCAACACUUUGCUUUGAUUUGCUUAUGUGGAGCUUUUCACUGGCUUCCCUACACCAUUGUUGCAUACACAGUGAUGGCUAGUAUCCCCCCUCCACACCCUCUCGUCUUCGCCAUCUACAUCGCCUUGGGCUACACUUCCUACGGCCUUAUCCUCAGCUGCUUUACUUGCCUACUGAAAUCCUACUUGAGAAGAUGUAUGAAUAGUUCAAGAUCAUUUCUUGUUACUUGGUUUCUGCACAGGAUUGCGACGACAUGCCACGUGAGAUUCGCAAAGUUCCUAUCCGGUACCGAGGCUUUCUGCACAUACCUGCGGUGUAUGGGAGCCAAAGUUGGGAAGCAUUGCUCCAUCAGAGCCAUCAACCCCGUCUCGGAUCCAGACCUCAUUUCAUUAGGCGAUGGAGUCCACUUGGGAGAUUUCAGCCGUGUCGUGCCAGGCUAUUAUUCUUCAAGAGGGUACAUCUCAGGCGGGAUCGAGAUACAAGAUAACUCGGUUGUAGGCAGCCAAGGCCUAGUCCUUCCUGGCUCUGUCCUUGAGAGAGAUGUCAUUCUUGGGGCACUUUCAGUUGCUCCUCCUAGCAGACUCCUUCAAGCAGGCGGCGUCUUUGUCGGCUCUCCAUCUCCCGUCAUGGUCAAGAACACGCUGCAUGGAUUCGACGACAGGAUAGAGGAGAUGGACAUAAAAUACAAGAAGGUCUUAGGAAGCCUUGCUGCUAAUCUUGCUAGCUCGACGCUCAAGUUGAACUCGCGCUACUUCCAUCGCAUUGGCGCAGCCGGGAAAGGAUCACUGAGGAUGUAUGAUCAUGUUUUAGGCUUACCAGAUCAUGAAAUCUUCUCCCCUAGGAAGGAGUAUCGUGUCGUUCUUCGCCAUAGCAACUGCUUAAGCUCGGACGAUGAUGCCCGCCUUGAUCCUCGCGGAGCAGCGCUGAGGAUCAUUUCAAACAACGGAGAUGCUGAACCAUCUCCGUUGCUUGAUCUUACACUCAAGACUGGCAAUGCCUUUCACGCAAGAAGCAUAGGCGAAUUCGCAACGUGGCUUGUCUGUGGAGCUGCAGCAAAGGAAGAGUAUGUGAAGCACUCUCCACACAUUAGGGAUGCUAUGUGGGACUCAUUGAGGAGAGCAGAUUCUUACACUGAGCUUCAUUACUACUCAAAUAUUUGCAGGCUGUUUAGAUUCAAAGAUGGUAAGGAAAUGUAUGUCAAAUUCAAGUUGAGGCCUUAUGACAGAGAAAUUGGUGUGGAGAAUGGGAAAGUCGAGCCAAUCGGCGUACUUCCACCAGAGACGGGAGCCAUUCCUAGAGACGAGGGAGACAAGCGCCCUCGCCUCUUCCUCGCUGACGACUUCCAACAGCGAGUUCACUCUCCGGAUAAGGUCAGGUACGUCCUGCAGCUCCAAAUCCGCCCCAUCCCGGAUGAUGAAAUGCCACGUGAGGCUGCCCUCGACUGCACGAAGCCGUGGGACGAAACAGAGUUUCCACACUUUGAUGUAGGAGAGGUGACCAUUGAUCAAGUCCUUACAAAACAAGAAUCGGAUGAUCUAGAGUUCAACCCUUUCCUCAAAUGCCCCGAGGUCGAUGUCAUCCGUGCCAUGUCGUGCAACGAGAGCGCGUCGAUGGAUCACGGCCGGUCAGUAGUGUAUGCGAUAUGCCAGCAUCUGAGGAAGAAGAAACCGCUCCCGGAGGCUUGGAGGGCUUUCUUGAAUCAGUCAGACGUGAAGGUCGACCUCUCCGGGUGUCCGAUGGCGGCCGCCUCUGUUGUCAAGGAAAUAACUCUUGUAAGGCCUUGGUAUUUCACAUUUUGGCUGAUGUCUGCUCAGCCAUUCCUACAGGUUUUUCUGCCUUAUUUUGUGAUGGGAUUGGUGGCAUUUGCACCAUUGAACUUCAUCUUCUACUUGAACAAGAUGAAGGGAGUAGAGAUGAUGUAUUUGCUUCCAUUUUUUUGGGUUUGGUCAGGCAUUCUAGCAGGGCUAGUGUGUGGUGUGAGCAAAUGGAUUCUUGUAGGGAAGAAGAAACAGGGCAAAAUUGAACCAAUUUGGAGUUUUGGGAUAUUCAUGGACACUAUUUGGCAGGCUAUAAAGACAUUGGUUGGUGAGUAUUUGAUGGAAAUGACGAGCGGUUCGGUUAUCUUCAAUGUGUGGUUGAAGGCGAUGGGAUCGGAUGUUGCGUGGGGUGGUGGCGCGUACAUUGAUAGCAUGGGAGCUGCGUUGAAUCCGGAACUGGUGGAAAUACAAGAGAAUGGUGUGGUUGGGAGAGAAGCGUUGAUGUUUGGGCACAUCUAUGAGGGCGAUGAGGGUAAGGUCAAGUAUGGCAAGGUCAUUGUGAGGAGAGGCGGAUUGAUCGGGAGCAGAGCUGUGGCCAUGCCCGGAGCUACCGUGGGCAGUGGAGCCACCCUAGCUCCUCUGUCCCUUGCCAUGAAGGAAGAGUUUGUUACCUAAACUUUUCAUACAAAUUUAAGUUGUUAGUACUUGUUAGUUUCAUCUUUAUAUAGUGAAAAUCAAUGUUUGUAGAUGUUGUAAUGAUCUGUCAAGCAUAAUAAACUUUUAAAUUCAAUGUA